AGUUAUCUCAUCAGUUAUCUCAUCCAAAAGACGAACUACAAAGAUGAUCUUCCUUCUCGCAACUCUCGCACUCACCAGUGCAUUUGACCCUCUCCGGAAUGCUCUCGGUCCCCCAAAGGAAUGUCUGAGCUCUUCUUCCAGUUCGGAGACGAGGAAGGACGAGUCUACCUUCCCCAUGAAGUGAAGCUGAGAUUCAGACUGUUCCGGAAGAACGUACAGGAGGUGGUGGAGACCAACGAGCAGGAACUGAGUUGGACUGCUGGACUAAACUUCUUCUCUGACCUCACUGAGAUGAGAAGAAACAAUACCUGGGAUUCAACUCUUCCAUGGAACACCCUGUUGGAGAACCACUACCACUCUCUGAUGCACCCAUGGCUUCGGAUAUUGAUUGGAGGCAGAAAGGAGGUGUCACUGGAGUAAAGAACCAAGGAAGCUGUGGAUCUUGCUGGACAUUCGGUGCUGUGGGCAGUACUGAAGGAGUUCACAAAGCAGCCACCGGAUCACUGGUAACCUUCGCUGAGCAAGAGUUUCUGGAUUGUGUCUACGAGGGCAAACGAGAUGGGUGCCAAGGUGGAUGGAUGCAGGACUGUUUCACCUACGCGCAGCAGAACCAGCGUCUGGCCCCCUCCAGUGCAGUCUCCUACAGAGGAAGAGAUGGAUCAUGCAGCUACCGAGGAAAAGCUAACGGUUUGAAGGCUAAAGUGACAGGACAAUAUGCAGUUCCAGCAUCCGAGUCUGGUCACAUGAGUGGUCUAACCCGAGGACCUAUUGCUGUCGCUUUCGAAGUGACAAGUGCUUGCCAACAGUACCGAGGUGGAGUUCUCAGGGACACAAGCUGCAGAGGAAACGCUAACCACGCCGUUACCAUGGUGGCAUACGACAGCAAGAGCUUCGCCAUCAAGAACAGUUGGGGAGGCAGCUGGGGAAGCAGUGGCUAUGUCUACAUGGCCAGAAACCAUCACAACUGCAAGCUCUACACUCACUCUGCUAUUAUCACAAUGAGUGGUAACAAUCCAGGACCUGACCCCACUGAUGGACCAAAUCCUGGACCUGAUCCAACUUCUGCUCCCGACUGUAAAGACGAUUACAGUACCUGUGGUUUGUAUACGGACUACAUGUGCAAGUACUACGUUAGCCUCUGUAUGAAGACAUGCGGUAAAUGCUAGAUCUCACCACACUUCCGGACUUAUCAACGAGAAGAAAACAGUUUACUGUGAAUAUUUCGCAUUGAUUUGAUCUGAAAAAGUUGCAUUAUAAAA